AUGAAGAUCCGUCGUCUUUCUCCAGCACUUGCGCUUUUGCUCCUGACAGCCGUGUCGACGACUCUGGCUGAGUCCUCCAGUGACAGCACACCGACCUUAACCCAACGGGAUGCAAGCGUCGCCGAUGCUGUACGGCCGGAAUCCAAUCUUCUUGCCUCUCCAAAAGCCGCUCCCAAAGGGACGCUGGACGCCCCUGUAGACGGCAAGGAUGGCAAACCCCACGCUGGUCCGUGGGUAGAAACCAGCGCCGAAAGAGACCGCAAGAAGGAGAAGGCGGACGGCAAGGCAGUUGCCGACAAGUUGGAUACUCACGAUCUGAGUGUCGAACACAUUGGACCGGAUGGAAAACCCAUGCCGCAUUCGAAUGACGGGGUCAUGGACGAUCCGCACCGAGUAGGACCGAAGGAAGGCACUCGCGGAACCGAGGGAGGCGUGUCGGAGAAGAGCAAGGAGAGCAAGUUCGCUACAGAGAAGGUGCCCGAGACGCCCAAAGAGGUGCCUCCAUUGCCGCACAGUGAACAGGAGAAGAUCCCCAAUCUCGACGACAAGGACUUGCCAGAGACGAAGGCUCUAGAGGACGGGGAGAAAGUGCUCGAGAAACCAGCCGAUCUACCGGAGAAGCCUCACGACAUCCCGCCCCCGAAAUCACCAGCUCCCGUGAGUAGCGAUCCACUCAAACUGAAGUCUCCCUCCACCGGUGGAUCGUCGAGCGGUUCCUCCAGCGGCUCCUCGAGCAGCUCCAAAACAGGAGCUGUUUCCGAAGGAAAAGUCAUCAGCCCGAUUCACUCCCUCUUCCUCUCCCUGACCAUGAUCGUCUUCUCCGAGAUCGGUGAUAAAACGUUCCUCGUGGCGGCUCUGAUGGCGAUGCGCCAUCCCCGCCUCGUCGUUUUUUCGUCUGCAUUUUCGGCCCUGGUGGCGAUGACCGUGCUCUCCGCUGUUCUCGGGCAUGCCGUUCCGACGCUCAUUCCCAAGUCCUUUACGAAGCUCCUCGCUGCGGGAUUGUUCUUUGUUUUCGGUGCCAAGAUGUUCCGAGAAGGUCGCGCCAUGUCGCCUGAUGAAGGCGUUAGUGAGGAGAUGAAGGAGGUCGAAAUGGAGCUGGAAGAGAAGGAGCACCAACAGAGGCGGAUGAGCCGGCGUCGGUCGUCGAUCAGUCCGUACGCGUUGGAGGCAGGCCGCGCAGGCCGCAAGGGGCGUUCAACCAACCGUCUACCUUCGCCGCCGGAGAGCAUCUCCUCCUCGUCAUCUCGUGAAGUUUCACCCGUCCGCAGCUCGACGUGGCAGAAUAUCCUCGUGGGAGUCAACAAUCUGUGCUCUCUGCUGUUGAGCCCUGCGUGGGUGCAGACGUUUGUCAUGACGUUUCUGGGCGAAUGGGGCGACCGGAGCCAGAUCGCGACGAUCGCCAUGGCCGCCGGACAGGAUUACUGGUGGGUCACCGUCGGAGCAAUCACGGGGCAUGGCCUGUGUACGGCCGCAGCAGUUAUUGGGGGGAGGGCGAUUGCGGGGAGAGUUAGUCUUCGAGCUGAUAUCCCCGCCGCUGCGGACGCGAGUGGCGCUUUUUUCGCUUUUCACUUUUUUUCACUUUUCACCUUUGAUACCAGAGAGAGGAUGGGAUUGGCUUUUUUCCACUCUGUGAGAGAUGUACUGUACUGUACUGUACAAGAGGGAGAUGAUGACUUGGUAGCGGGAAUGACUGGCGUUUAUCGUGCUAGAAAGAGAAAAUGA